UUUAUACACUGACGUAUAUGUCUGGGGCUGUAUGUGCUCCAGAAUAUCCAAAACCAACCCAACCCACCACCCUAAUCAUGGAUAAAACAGUGCCCGGUUGUGGGUUCUACUUUUAAUUUUCACGCCAAAAAGUUGCGACUUUGAGAAAAUCCCAGUGUUUAGUGAGGGUGAACUGCCAUCUUCAUCCGAGACUGGUGCCGCUUGUCCCGUCUGGGAUUUGCAGGGAAAGGUUAAUAGGAGAUGGAGAAGCUUUGGUCUAUUUUCUGUGGCGCAUCGGGUUGUACAGAUCAGAAUGGGAAGCCCUGUGUUGCUGAUUUGGUGUUCGUUACUCAUCCUUCCUCCUGUAUCCAUAACAUGUUGAUGAUAUGUUUUGAUGUUAUUCUUUUGCUUGUGCUUCUAUUUGUUGUGCUCUUCAAGUCCACAUUAAAACCUAUGAGCUCUCGUGGCAUUGGCAUUAGUCGUUUGCAAUUGAUCUGUGCCAUCUUUAAUGGUUUAGUGGGUGUGAUAUAUUUGUCAUUGGGAAUUUGGAUUUUAGAAGAGGAAGUUAGGAGAACCCAAAGCAUGUUGCCUAUGCAUUGGUGGUUACUAAUGUUGUUUCAUGGGAUUGCAUGGUUAUUAUUGAGUUUAACUGUCACCCUUCGUGGAAAAUAUUUUUCACAAACCUCACUCAAGCUUUUCACCAUUCUUGCCUUGGGUUUUGCUGGAAUUUCUUGUUGUUUCUCUCUCACUAUUGCUAUUGUUCACAAAGAAGCAUCUGUUAAGAUAGCUUUAGAUGUAUUGUAUGUCAUAGGAGCAAGUUUAUUGCUCUUAUGCACUUACAAAGGCUUUAGAUUUAGUGAAAAUGAGCUUUAUGCUCCUUUAAAUGGUACUACCAAUGGAAGCAACAAGAUUGAUCAUGUAGGAUCAGUCAGUAAGUUUGCUGAAGCGGGGACUUUGAGCACAAUGACUUUCUGGUGGUUGAAUCCGUUGAUGAGACUUGGGAGGGCGAAAACUCUUGAGGAUAACGACAUUCCCAAAUUGCGCGAACAGGAUAAGGCAGAGUCAUGUUACUUGAUGUUUAUGGAGUUAUUGAACAAACAAAAACAACGGGAUCCUUUGUCCCAACCUUCAAUCCUGAGGACACUAAUCUUGUGCCACCAGAAUGAGCUCUUUGUGUCAGGAUUUUUUGCGCUGCUGAAAAUUAUUAUGAUUUCUGCUGGUCCUAUGAUUCUUAAUGCCUUCAUAGAGGUUGCCGAAGGAAAUGCAAGUUUUAAAAAUGAGGGCUACAUAUUGGCUGUACUGUUCUUCAUUGCAAAGUGCUUAGAAUCUUUGUCGCAAAGGCAAUGGUACUUCAGAUGCAGACUAAUUGGGUUAAAAGUGAGGUCAUUACUUACAGCCGCCAUAUAUAAGAAGCAAAUGCGAUUAUCCAAUGCUGCCAAGCUAACACAUUCUAAUGGUGAGAUUAUGAACUAUGUCACUGUGGAUGCCUAUCGCAUUGGAGAGUUCCCGUUUUGGUUGCAUCAAACAUGGACCACAAGCCUUCAACUAUGCUUUGCACUUGCAAUUCUCUUUCAAGCAGUAGGGCCGGCAACUUUUGCAUCCUUGGUAGUAAUAAUACUAACUGUGCUCUGCAAUGCUCCCCUCGCAAAAUUGCAGCACAAGUUUCAAUCCAAGUUAAUGGAUGAACAAGAUGAGAGGCUUAAGGCCAUGUCAGAAGCUCUUGUGAAUAUGAAGGUUCUGAAAUUGUAUGCAUGGGAAACUCAUUUCAAAAGCGUCAUCGAGAAUAUGAGGAAAGUAGAAGAGAAGUGGUUAUCGGCUGUUCAGAUGCGCAAAGCAUAUAAUAGCUUUCUAUUUUGGUCCUCACCUGUAUUGGUAUCAACCGCUACAUUUGGAGCUUGCUACUUUCUUGGAGUUCCAUUGCGUGCAAGCAAUGUCUUCACCUUUGUAGCAACUCUUCGCUUGGUUCAGGAUCCUAUAAGAACAAUUCCUGAUGUUAUCGGUGUAGUGAUUCAAGCUAAAGUUUCAUUUGUAAGAAUUGCCAAGUUUCUCGGAGCACCCGAGUUGGAUAAUGCAAAUGUGAGACAGAAGCAUAUUGUGAAAAAUGUUGCAACUUUUGCCAUAUGUCUGAGGUCAGCCAAUCUUUCUUGGGAAGAAAAUCCACUGAAACCUACACUUCAAAACAUCAAUUUGGAGGUUCGCCCUGGUGACAAGGUUGCUAUAUGUGGGGAGGUUGGCUCGGGGAAAUCAACUCUUCUGGCAGCGAUUCUAGGAGAAGUUCCAAGCAUCCAAGGAAUUGUUGAGGUAUAUGGAAAAAUUGCAUAUGUUUCUCAAUCAGCAUGGAUUCAGACAGGAACCUUUAGGGAUAAUAUUCUAUUUGGUUCUUCAAUGGAUAGCCAGAGAUACCAGGAAACCUUGGAGAAGUGCUCGCUAAUAAAGGAUCUUGAGUUACUACCUUAUGGGGAUCUUACUGAAAUAGGAGAAAGAGGAGUUAAUCUUAGUGGCGGUCAGAAGCAACGGAUCCAACUUGCCCGUGCUCUAUACCAAGAUGCUGACAUCUAUCUAUUAGAUGAUCCUUUCAGUGCUGUUGAUGCACAUACUGCUACCAACCUAUUCAAUGAAUACGUCAUGGGAGCUCUCUUGGGGAAGAUUGUCUUGCUUGUGACCCAUCAAGUUGAUUUUCUUCCUGCAGUUGAUAUUGUCCUGUUGAUGUCAGAUGGAGAAAUUUUACAAGCGGCUUCCUAUCAACAGUUAUUGGCCUCGAGCAAAGAAUUUCAGGAGUUGGUUGCGGCACACAAAGAAACUGUGGGUUCUAAAAGGCUUGCUGAGGUUACUUCUUUGCAAAGGAGCAAAAGAUCUACAAGAGAAAUCGGAAAGACACAACUCGACAAACAAACUAGGGACUCUAUUGGUGAUCAACUGAUUAAGAAAGAAGAGAGAGAAUUGGGGGACACCGGACUUAAGCCUUAUUUGCAGUAUCUAAGUCAGAACAAGGGCUACCUGUUCUUUUCCAUCACAGUUUUGUCACACAUUAUAUUUGUGAUUGGCCAGGUAUUACAAAACUCGUGGAUGGCCGCAAAUGUUGAAAAUUCUCAAGUUAGUACUUUGAAGCUAAUUGCGGUUUACUUGCUAAUUGGUGUCGCCUCAGUGGUAUUCUUGCUGACUAGAUCUCUAACGACGGUUACUCUGGGUGUGCAAUCAUCGCGCUCUUUGUUCUCACAACUUUUAACCUCUCUCUUUCGUGCACCAAUGUCAUUUUAUGACUCCAUACCACUAGGAAGGAUACUAAGUCGGGUAUCGAUAGAUUUGAGUAUUGUUGAUCUGGAUGUUCCGUUUAACUUGAUAUUUGCAUUUGGAAAAGCCAUAAACUUCUAUUCUAAUCUUACAGUGCUAGCCAUUGUUACCUGGCAAGUCUUGUUUGUCUCCAUACCAAUGGUUUAUCUCGCCAUUCAAUUACAGAGAUACUACUUUUCAUCUGCCAAAGAAUUGAUGCGUAUUAAUGGGACUACCAAAUCGUUUGUGGCAAGCCAUCUAGCCGAAUCUAUUGCUGGAGCGAUGACAAUUAGGGCGUUUAAACAGGAGGAUAGAUUCUUCGUGAAGAAUCUCGAGUUAGUUGAUGUUAAUGCUAGCCCCUUUUUCUACAACUUCGCAGCAAACGAGUGGUUGAUUCAAAGGCUAGAAACAAUCAGUGCGACUAUUCUUGCCUCAUCUGCACUUUGCAUGGUUUUGCUUCCUCCCGGGACUUUUAGCUCAGGGUUCAUUGGGAUGGCAUUAUCUUAUGGUCUAUCGCUAAAUACGUCCCUUGUCAAUUCCAUCCAGAACCAGUGCACCAUCGCAAACUAUAUCAUUUCAGUGGAAAGACUAAAGCAGUAUAUGCAUGUACCAAGUGAAGCUCCCGAGAUCCUUGAAAAGAAUCGCCCUCCAGUGAAUUGGCCGACUAGAGGUAAAGUGGAGAUUCAAGACUUGCAAAUUCGGUAUAGGGAAGAUACCCCGCUUGUUCUGCGGGGGAUAAAUUGCACCUUUGAAGGAGGGCACAAGAUUGGCAUUGUAGGCAGGACUGGGAGCGGGAAGACUACGCUUAUUGGUGCUCUCUUUCGCCUGAUUGAACCAGCAGGCGGUAGGAUUGUGGUGGACGGAAUCGACAUAUUUAAGAUCGGGCUCCAUGAUUUGAGGUCUCGCUUCGGGGUUAUACCACAAGAUCCUACUCUUUUUAAUGGAACAGUGCGAUACAAUCUAGACCCCCUCUCUCAACAUACUGACAACCAAAUAUGGGAGGUUCUUGAGAAGUGCCAGCUAAAGGAAGCCGUGAAGGAGAAGGGUAAAGGACUCGAUUCCUUGGUUUUGGAAGACGGAUCAAACUGGAGUAUGGGACAAAGACAAUUGUUCUGUCUUGGUCGCGCUUUGUUAAGGAAAAGCAAGAUUUUGGUGCUGGAUGAAGCCACUGCAUCAAUUGACAACGCCACAGACAUGAUUCUGCAAAAAACAAUCAGAACAGAAUUCGCGGAUUGUACUGUGAUCACGGUUGCCCAUAGAAUACCCACAGUUAUGGAUUGUACAAUGGUUCUUGCCAUCAGCGACGGGAAACUGGUAGAAUAUGAUGAACCGAUGAAGUUGAUGAAGAAAGAAGGUUCAUUGUAUGGACAACUAGUGAAGGAGUAUUGGUCUCAUUACCAGUCAGCACAAUCACGGUGAGUUUCGACUUCAAUUCAUCCAACGAGACCACAAGAAUGAGAAGAUAGAUAACUUUUGUUUAUCAAAUCAAAAUGCUCAACAAGUGGUAGAGGUGCAAUUGAAAUCUUUUGUUUAUUCUUCCCUUCUCCAUCUUCUUGAAGUUUAUUAUGCAAUUAAGAUAGAUAUUAAUAAUUGAGUAAAUUAAUUAAAGAAAGGUCACAACA